AUGCCUCUCGGUAAAAGCAAGUCGUGCGUGCUGAGUUACACGAUCUUCGACCAUCACAUGGAGCUCGCUGAAGUGUCCCUGAUGGCACUCGCCCACCACGUCGACCUCGGCAUUAACGGAUUCAACGCCAGCGACGAGAGGACCCAGCGACUCUGGAUCCAAUACGAUAACGGCGUCCGCACGAGUAUUCGUCUCCUUGUAGGCUGA